AUGUCGCUCGUCGAGAUGUACUUGCUGCCGAUGGAUGGAUGGAUGGAUAUGAUCGACGACGAACAGCUCUGGGUGGAUGGGGGCGGAGUCGUUCGUGCGUGCGUGAAGGUGCCACCUACUAUAAGGUUUAUAUUAGAUGGAGAGAUGCCGCCUUAUUUACUUGCAAAGGACCUGAUUUUGCAAAUUAUUGGUGAGAUUUCAGUAUCUGGUGCGACCUACAAAUCAAUGGAGUUUGUUGGAUCAACUGUAGAAAGUCUAACCAUGGAAGAGCGUAUGACACUAUGCAACAUGGUUAUUGAAGCUGGUGGAAAGAACGGUGUUGUGCCUGCUGAUGAAACUACAUUUAAAUACCUUGAGGGUAAGACAUCAGUCGAUUAUGAACCUGUCUACAGUGAUGCUCAAGCCAGAUUUUUUAGCGACUACCGGUUUGAUGUAUCAAAACUGGAGCCAGUAGUUGCCAAGCCACAUUCGCCUGACAACCGUGCUCCAGCAAGAGAAUGCAAAGAUGUGAAGAUCGACCGAGUCUAUAUUGGUUCUUGCACUGGUGGUAAGACCGAGGAUUUCCUUGCUGCUGCAAAGGUGUUCUUAGCCUCGGGAAAGAAGGUUAAAGUUCCCACAUUUCUUGUCCCUGCCACGCAAAAGGUGUGGUUGGACGUAUAUAGCCUCCCUGUACCAGGAUCUGGUGGCAAAACUUGCUCCCAGGUAUUUGAGGAGGCUGGUUGUGACACACCAGCAAGUCCUAAUUGUGGUGCUUGUUUGGGUGGCCCUCGUGAUACAUAUGCACGGAUGAAUGAACCUACUGUCUGUGUGUCCACCACGAACAGGAACUUUCCGGGCAGGAUGGGGCACAAGGAAGGGAAAAUCUACCUGGCGUCUCCCUACACCGCGGCUGCCUCAGCCCUGACGGGGUACGUUACGGACCCUAGGGACUUCCUCAUGUAACCGUCUUGAAACAACAACAGAUUUCAUGAUGUAACAGAGCGGUUGUACUGCUGUUUUUCGUGAUGAACUUUUGUCUAGGCAUGUCCUUCGUUGAGAAAUAAACUGCACUAGAAUAAGCAGCGACCUCUCGGGCGCCAUAGCAGAUGUGACCUCAUAUUUAUUUGUGCAACUUUUUUUGUUUUUGGCUCUGAAGUCAUGCAAGGAAA